GUCCAACACGUGAGGCUCAUGUGACGGAGGCAGGUCGGCUGUGCGCGCGCGAGACGUGUCUGCAGUCACAGGGUUUAUUUAACACGCAGCCGCGUCCUCCCACGCGCGUGCUUUUAACCACGGCCGCAGCUUCACAAGUACAGCCGAGCGCGUCCGGGCAGCAGAGCGACAGGAGCAAGAGCGCGACCGUCCUCGUCCUCCUUCUCCUUGUCACUUUGUACUCUCUUUAUUAUUCCGCUGGAGAUUAAAAAGAUCGGGACACUACAGUCACUGUAACAGUGUUACGCUCUAAGUAACACACCGCAGACUGUACUGUACAGACAGUACUGCACUGACUGUACCGAGAACAGUAACCGGACCGAACGAACCUCAACCUGGGAAGCGAUUCAGCGCAGCGAAACAACACAACAGAAUAGAAUAAAAUAGAAUAAAUUUAAUAAGAAGAAGGGAAGAAGGGUAAAAUAAUAUUCUGUCUCGCUCUGCUUCCCCACUUACUAACUUGGUUUGAAGAAGAGGGACGUGUCGGAAAUGGAGCGGAUUACGAGCGCGCAGCCGCCGCCUCCUCCUCCUCCCUGUCUCUCCAAACACCCUUCGCUGGACAUCGGCGACAUGCAGGGGAUGGAUUUCCCAAUGUACGUGUACAAACCCCGGAGGGGAGUGAAGCGAGGGGACGACAGUAAGGACACGUACAAGCUGCCGCACCGACUGAUCGAGAAGAAGAGACGCGACAGGAUAAACGAGUGUAUCGCGCAGCUCAAGGAUCUGUUGCCAGAACACCUGAAACUUACAACGCUGGGCCAUUUGGAGAAGGCAGUGGUGCUGGAGCUCACGCUGAAGCAUGUGAAAGCCCUGACCAGCCUGCUGGAGCAGCAGCAGCAGAAAAUCAUUACACUGCAGAGCGGGAUGCAAAUUGGUGACCUCUCCCCUCCCAGCCCAGAAAGCAGCGAGGAGAUGUUUAGAUCUGGUUUCCACUUAUGUGCCAAGGAAGUUGUGCAGUACCUGGCGAGCCAGGAGAGCGCCGGAGACGUGACGCCCUCCCACGUGAUCAGCCACCUGCACAAAGUGGCGUCGGAAGUGCUGUGGAGCGCACCAAGCCCCCGUGUCGAGGAGGCCACUCACAAGGCCGCGGAGCACAGGGAGAAGCCGUCCGGGCCUCAGCCCAAGGGAUCCGAGGGCCACGGGAGGAACUGCGUGCCUGUCAUCCAGAGGACUUUCCCCCAGAGCGGCGGCGGAGGCGGCGAGCAGAGCGGCAGCGACACGGACACUGACAGCGGCUACGGGGGUGAACUGGAGAAGCGGGACUCUAAGGCACAGCAGCACCCAGCCUACUACAGCAAGGAGAGCGAACUCAAGUACGCGCUGGCUGAGCGCAUGGCGGGGGGCAUCAAGCGGGAGGGAGACGAGCCGCCCGCCAAGCGGCUCAGAGGCGAGUCCUCGGAGGAUGAGUCCCUGUCCGGUAUGGAGCUGAUGGGCAGCCACAACGGCUACCUGGGCUUCUCGGCCCACCAGCCCCCCCUUUGCAUGCCGUUCUACCUCAUCCCCCCCGCUGCCGCAGCCUAUCUUCCCAUGCUGGAGAAGUGCUGGUAUCCAGGGGGAAUGCCCAUCUUGUACCCAGGAAUGAGCGGGUCCAGCUUGGGCCUGUCCCCGGAGAAGCAUCCACCACCCUUAGGGAUGUCUCCCAGGGUGGGCUCCCCGCAGACCCCUAUGGACUCCUCAGCCCUGCUCCAGGCUUUAAAGCAAGUUCCCCCCCUUAACCUGGAAACCAAAGACUGAGAAGCAACGUCCAUGAAUGUUGUCAUAAAUGAGCUCGGACUUGUGCCGUUGAACGGUCGCAGCUGGAGAGACAGAGGGAUGCAGGGAAGGAAUGAAGGAGGACUGGGGCGAAACGUGAGUGAGGAAGGAAGCGGAAGGAGAGCACAAGCCUUCACUUGUCAACCCCCCCCCCCCACCCCACUUGCGCCGCCCCUCAGAGAGGAAACCUGGUGGGCAACGCCCUCUGCCGCAACACCCGUAAAAGUGAGGUAGGGACAGAAGCCGGGGGUGGGGGGGGGGAUGGGUGACGACACACAGGACGCUCUUUCCCUGUGGACAUGUUGUGAAGGAGGUGCUAUGAAGACGAGCGUCACAAAGACACAGGACAUGUUGACGGUCCGGUUUCCUCUGCACUUGUUGAAUGUCGGUGUAAAACCCUGAAUGUGAUGUAAAGAUGGCAGCCCCAAACCCCCAAAUGCUUACCCCUUUGCGCGCACACACACACACACACAUACAUACACAUACAUACGCGAGUUGAAUGUAAACAUGAGAACCCUGCAGAUGCUGCUUCUGACAUUUCUACGCUUGGUAGAUCUGGUAUCAGGAGGCUUCUCGUCCCGUCUCCAUAGCUGCUGAAAUGAAAAAGAAGCCGUCCUGUCGAUGACUUUGCACCAAGAAAUUGGGCAACUUCCUCCUAAUCUCAGCUGUGCUUUGGAUUCGCUCGGUUGCCCAGAGUGGGCAUUGGGGGGGCAAAAAAAAAUCGUGUUCCCAUCAAACAAACAUAACUUGGCUUGUUUUCUGAAGUAAGUUGGGCAACUUCAGUGUGUGCUCCUCUUCCCCCGAGGGAGUGAUGCAAUCACGUGUGUUUUAGUGUUGCCGUUGGAGUUCCUUACCAUUCGUACAGGUAGACGUUGUUCUCAUAAAACUGGCACCAAUGAAACUGCUUGUAUUAUUUUGUCUAUACAACAUGUACAUCUAUAUUUUUGAUACAUAACUGACAAAUUACCUUGUCAAGUAGGACUCUAAGCAGCUAUUCAUUGUAUGCCAAGAGAACAUGUACAUAGUACUGUGCUACACCUAAUUUCCGUAAUUUUCUAAUUUAAUCUCUGGUCAUUUUAAAAACCCAGUCUUUGAUCUUGCUGUUGCCUUUACUUGUUACAGCUGAUAAAUGUAUAGCUGAUGUUCAAGUGUAUUUGUACCAAUACUGGAGUUUCAAGUCAAGAGAAGAAAUGUGAAUGUAAUGUAUUAAACAAAAUUAGUUUUGUAUUGCAAGAGGUACUUGGGAUUAUUAUUAUUAUUAUUAUUAUUUCUUUUUAUUUUGGGACCUAUUACAAUGUUGGUUGAUGUACAUAUUUUUGUCUAUACAUUGUUGAUAUACGUUACUUAAGCACAUUAAUAAAGUUUUUUUUUUUUUUU